UUGGCUCAGACGCUCAGUUGACCUCCACUACUGCGUCUCAUAACACGCCGUUGCUCCCUGCUCAAGUGUUCACCUUCCCUUGGGUUAUUUGUGUGCGAGGGGAAGUAUUUAUAAAGACUUGGAUGACAGUAAGCUGCUAGGGAGAGGCACUGACUCCUCAUAUACGUUUGAGUACACUGACCUAUAACUCAGUGUGGUGUCAUCCAAUCCCCUCAUAGUGUGGUGGUGUGGUGAGGAUGGGCAAGCGAAGGUGGUGGGUGGUGGUGAUGAUGGUUGUUUUGCUGACAGGAACAACUUCGGCCUUAUGGAAAGAAUUUACAGACGCUCAAAAGCUUGAGAGAGACACACUGAAGCUGUUGACCCCAAUCCUCGGUGACGUGGACGCAGCCUUGGUAACCCUCAUCGACCCUGGUAAGGUUGGGCUGGGUGUGGACAAGUUCAUCAAAAUUGUUGUUGAUCAGAUGUUCAACGUCUCACCUAAUGAUGUCGACUUUGUCUCUUCCUCCACUAUGAGAGACAGGAAGUUGCUGGGGCUGUUUCAGCUGCUGUCACGACGCCUUGAUCUGUUGGAAAAUGGGGCUCAUGGAAUUAUCAGUUCUUUAAGAGACGUGGGUAAAGAGAGAAGUGAUUUAGUACGCUGGGAAAUUGCUCUCGACACUAUGGAGGAGUACAUCCAACCCAUCAACACCCUGUACAAGAGGUUCCUUCUCUACCAGAACAUCAAGGAGAAGGCGAGUCCUGAUAUGGUGCAGUCGGUUGAGGACCACACGUUAAGGGACUUCGCAAACUCUGUAUUGUCACACGAUCACCACUGUGUUAUGGCCUCUAUGACUCACCUUCACUCCUUGGCAGCACCUGAGGGGGCACACGGAUCCAAUUCCCCUUUACUCGUACAUUCACAGCAGCAGCCCGCAGAGCAGAAUAACCCUAAAGAUGUCUACGUGGUGUCUGGGACGGUCGCUCGCGAGAUUUUUCCCAACAAAGCUGAUGAAUCACACACAAAGAUCUCACACCCAUCAAGUUUAUUCUUCAAGCUACACCAGGCUCUUCAGAUGAGUGAUAGGUGUUAUGUACAUCAGUCACCACAACAGAUAAUGCGAGGCCUCUACACGGUGCUGUCACUCACUCAAGCUCGGGGUUAUGCGAUGCUGGAAUUUGCCAGGAUGGUUCUGAGAGCAUAUAACGAAGGUAACUUUACAGCGGAGCAACGAGUGUCAAAGGGUCUGUACCUGCAGUAUUCAGAAGACAUGUUGAGGGAGGCAAGGAAGCUGCAACUACGCGAGUCUCAGGACUUCCUUAGGUGUGACCCCCCAGAGCACCAGGAGGGCAAGACAUAUGUGCAGUUAACAGAGCUUUUACAGGGUUAUAUAGAAAAUGAAGUGGAUAUGAACGUUGAUGGAACUUGUAUAAAAACCUGUGAGUACUACCAGCACACCAAGAGCGAAGGCUGUCACUACCAGGAAACCAAGUUCUGUGGUAAACAACGCCAGUGUCUAGGCACCAUCCAUGACUGCCAAUACAACGACGCAGAUGCUUGGAUUUGUCAGUCCCAGAAGCCUUACCGACGGUACGAUUAUAUCAGAUAUGAGAACGGCCUACAGCUGGGAGGGAGCAACUCCUGUGCAGUGCCUUCACUCAAGGUGGACUCUUGGAUUAGAUGGUUUGUCCGCUGUGCAUACUGCCUGUGUCUCUGUGACGAUGGUAACUCCCCCACUACUGACCGCUACAUCAGCCUCACCCCAGCCAUCACUGACACUCGCAACAAUAUGAUAGUGACGGGUGUCCGCUUCACCAAACAGAGGAGAGUGAUCCACCUUCAGGUUCAACAAGGUCAGGCACUUCCACAAGGACAAGUCAACGUCUCCACCAUACACUGGGUUGAUGUGGAACCUAUCAAUGUUUUCAGAUCUGGUUAUGAAGAGGGUAAUCACUACAUGAAACUAUCAUACGAGAAUCGAAGCGUAGACCUGGACCGUUUGACAGCACCUGUGGGCCAUGUUGUCACUGGGGUCCGGCUCAGGAUGCUGGGGUCCCAUGUAAACCUGGAGGUACAAAUUACUCCUAUCAGUUUUACAUCAGGUGAGUUGAAGCCAUACAAGAGCUACUGGAUCAGCAAUGACAACACACCAGUCAACACCAAGAACCCAAGGCAACAGUUCCUUACCUCCUCACCCGAUGAUCCAACUAAAUUCCCAUUUCCUUCUAUCCAGGACUCGAAGCCAAACACAUACAUGCGUUUUGGCCCUACUGACAGGAUAAAGGAUGUGGCUCAGCUUACUGUGCCGUUCUUUGAUGCCCAGGAUGUGGCUCCUUCUCCCAGUACUUGGUUCUCAGGUGUGGAACUUUUUCACAAAGGUCAAUAUGGCUCUGGAGGAUUCCUGGCACUUAAGGUCAUCACCUACGACAUGACUCCCUACAUAGAUGUCACAUACCAUGAGCCAAUGACUGUAAUUUUAGCCUAACUUAACCUAACCUAACCAUUUUUGUUACCAUACUAUCGUCUUGGCCACUGAUUUGCUUUUUAGCUGCUUGGGUGGUCAGUCACGUCUCUAUUAUGUGCUGUUGACAAAUGCUGGGUCUGUACUGGCUCUAAAUGUACCCAAACAUGGUCUAGUGAUGAUCAGGUCUGUCCUCAACCCUUUGAGUACGAUGUUUUAACUCUUUGAGGAUGAUGUUUUAACCCUUUGAGGACUACUGUACAUGGAGAGGAAAGUUCAUUAUCUCAAAGUUCCGUUAGAUGUGAUACCCCCAACUAACGGAAUCUACGGAAAGAGAAGUCCGCUAUAUGAAGGUUUCACUGUACAGUAUAUAUUGAGCAUGUGUGGCUUUAUACACAGGUGGACAGUUCACCACCACUCAGUACAAGGGAGACGCCAUACCUAGGCGUUGUGGUCAUUUUAACAUUUUCCUUCAGGGUAACAAUUGUAAACUUGUAUGUUCAAACAUUUUUUCACUAGUCAUAUAACUGUAACACCUUAACUAGUUAAUGUUAUAAUGGGAAUGUAAACUUGUUGUGCAGUGUAAAUAAAUUACUUUGUUACGGA